AUGGCUGUACCAUUUCGUGCAAAAGAUGUUGCACCUGAAAGAACUGAAUCUGGUCAUCCAGAUGUUGCACUUGUUUUAACACAUCUCACUUAUUACUAUUCAGGUUUAAAUGAUCAACAAUUACUUCAAUGUUUCAAUCGUUUAGAUAGGAAAGAAGCUGAUGCAACAUUGAUUUAUGAUCAAUGGAUUUUAUAUGACAAUGAAGAUGAAAUUCCUCCAAGUAUUCAAAAAUGGAAGAGUAAGGUCGUUCCUAGACUUCAUAUUUAUUGA